AUGUUCAAUUUACAUACAUUCGUCGAGCAGUGUCAACAAUCAAGCUAUCAGGCUUUUGAAAAUUUCAAGGUCGUUCUUCGUUUACUUGAAGACAAAAGCAGCCGGAGAGAAGCUCGUUUAUUUUUAACGGAAUUGGUAAAUUACAUUCGAGAAAGAUUUAGUACGGUUAACGAAGCAACUAUACAAUCAUUUCAUUUUACAUUUUUAUCGGUUGAUAUUUCAAAUAAUAAAGACCAUAGUGAAUUAAUUAAUUUAUUACAUUUUCCAAGUACAUUCACUCCUGAAGAAUGGUCAUAUACAUUUUUCGAAGGAUUAUCAAGAUAUGAUGCUGCUGAAUUUCAAAAUAAAAAUCUUGUUGAAUUAGGCUGUGGUAACGGUUGGAUAACCAUUGCAAUGGCAAAAAAAUUUGGACCACGAAAAAUAUUUGGUUUAGAUAUUAAUCCACGAGCAAUAAUUUGUUCGAAAAUAAAUCUUUAUUUAAAUGUAUUAGAUGAUCAAGCCAAUGAUGUUAAGGAUGACUUGAAUGAAGAAAAUUUAAUUGAUAAAAUUGAAUUUUAUGAAUCAGAUCUACUUGGAUAUUUCAUUAAUAAAGAACCUUUUCAUUUCGAUGUCAUAUUUGGAUGUAUUCCACAAGUACUUUAUCCAGAAAAUUUUACUAUUGAUGAAAUAAUAAAUGAAAAUCAAAAUGAUGAUUUAUUAUAUUCAUAUAGUAAUUAUUGUGCCAAACAAGGUUAUGUUGAAGAUGUUUUUGGCUUGGGAUUAAUAGCCAAAGCAUUCGAACAAGGUAUUGAUUUGAUUAAAUCCAGAGGAAAAUUAAUUUUCAAUAUGGGUGGUCGUCCUGGUCAAAAAAUAUUGGAAAGAUUGUUUGAACGACGAGGAGCUGAUAUCAAGAAAAUAUGGCAGAGAAAAGUAAUACAGGCAAGUGACACAGAUAUUACUCCUAUGAUAAAAAUAGAAGAACAAUCACCAAUUAGAUUUGAAUUUUAUAUGGGUUUGAAUUCCGACGAACCCAUAUCUGCUAAAACUGCAAAAUAUUACGUGGAUGCUGGCGGACAAAUUUGUCAUUCAUUAACUGUUUAUGAAUGUACUUUUCAUAAUUUAGAUUCAAUAAGAAAUAUUUUCAGUUUAUUAAAAGAUGUUGAUUAUCAAGAAGCAUUGCAUGGAUUAGAUUUGUGUUUUAAUGAUAAAAGCAUUGCUGAAGAAAAAAUUCAAUUUCUUUCAGCUCUUGCUCAAAAAUUAAACAACAUGCCAUUUUUUCCGUAUGGCGAAAUUAAAGGCGACACAAUAUUUCGUGAACGAAUUGCUCAAUAUUUAAAUUCCUAUUAUCAUACAAGUUUUACACAUCAACAUUUGUUAAUUGCUCCAAAUAUAAGAUCGUUAAUUAGCAAUAUUGUUAAUGUUUAUUCAGCUUCAUUGAUUUUGGCUGAUACAGAUCAUGCUAAAGGUUUGAGAAAAUAUGAAUCCAAAAAUUUUAUAUUGCUUGAAGUUCCUCAAUCAUCUACUUUAUUAGAAGAAUUAAUUAUAAAAUUAAAACCUCAAGUAGUAUUUUUCAGUUUUAAUGAAUUACAAAGCAAAUCGAUCGAAUGUUUUGCAUCACUUAUUUCAGUUACUGAACAACAAGGAACACGUUUAUUUGUGGAUAUGUCAGCUUACUUUGAAUUGAGCAGUUCUCCUAAAAAUAAUGGUAUUCUAAAUUAUUUAUCAAAAAAUAAUCUUCCUAAUCAUGUUGCUAUUAUCUGUGGUUUGGUAAAAAAUAAAGUUUAUUCAGAUUUAGAAGAUUGUUUCUUAUUAACGCAAAACGAAAACAUGAUUGAAACACUUGCUUAUAGUGGUGGACUUACAUACAGCAGAACACCAAUGUUUUCACAACUUUAUUAUUCGGAAUUAUUAUUUGAUUUAGUUAAAUUUCAAAUGGUAAAUGUAAGAAAAAAUUGGAAACAAGCUGGUUUAUUUAAGGAAACUGUUGAUUUCGAAAAAAAAUUCAUCAUGUUGAGAAAUAAUGUUUUGGAAUCAUUCAAUCAUCCAUGCAUAAAAAUCAAUGAACUUCCAAUAACAAAAAAUACAAUAAGAUUAGAUAAGAGUGAAAAUAAAUUAGUUAGUCCAAAAUCAUUAAAAACUUCUAUUUUUGAAAGUUUUAUUCGACAAAACAUUACAAAUGAAGAAAUUGAUGCAUUACCUGAAAUUUCAACAUUAUUAAAAUCAAGAUUUGGUAUCAAUUCAAGUGAUAAAUUAAAAAUACAUUUUGGAACGGGAGUUGCUCCACUAUUUUCGGCAUUGAUACGAACAUGUAUGGAACAACAGGGAAUAUUGGUUUUUCCACAAAGUACUUAUGGUUAUUUUUAUGCUACAGCAAUGUAUUUUAAUGCACCAAUAAAAAUUAUUUCAACUUCAGAAAAUAAUCAAUUUAAAGUAUUACCUUCUGAACUAUCACAAAUAAUUAACAACACUGCAAAUUGUUGGAUUGUUUUAAAUUUUCCAUUGGUAAAUCCAACAGGAGCAAGAUAUGGAGCAUCUGAAAUUGAAGCCAUUUUAAGUGUUCCAGGAAUUUCGAAUGCUACUAUUAUUAUAGAUACCGUUUUUUCGGGUUUAGAAUUUGAACAAUCUGUUGAAACAUAUCGAUUAGAUAAAUUAUUUGACAAUGGUAAAAUAAAAUACGCUGUUCUAGGUGGAAUUUCAGAAGAAUUUGCUGGUGCUGGAUUACGUUUUGGAUAUUUGCCACACUCCACAAUGCUUUAUGCUUGCAAAAAGAUUUAUGGACUAUUAAAUAAACAAGAUUCAUUUUUACUUAAAACACUUGAAGAACAACGAUGCACAUUGAAAUCAAGAGCUGAUCGGCUAAGUAAAACUCUUACAGAAUGUGGUUGGAAAAUUUUGCCAUCACAAGGUGGUCUUUUCAUGAUUGCUUCACCUGUUAGUUAUUUUAAUAAGGUUAUUGAAGUUUCAAGUUCAUCAGAAAAAUUCAGUUAUACUCUAAAUGGAAGCAAUAUUCACGAAGCAUUGUUUUAUACAACAGGUCUAUUAAUAAAUAAUGACAUAUGGACUGGAAUUAAAGGAUAUUGUCGAUUCGUAUUGAGUGUAAGCGCUGACGAUUUUGACAAGGCAUUGGUUGCAAUUAAAAAAUUUUAUGAAUUAGUUUGA